AUGACUGAAGUACAAAGCCAGAAGAUAGAAGAACUCACACCAUGGGUAGAAAAAUAUAGACCAAAUGUGCUGAAUGAUAUAAUAUCGCAUGAACAGGUUAUAUCAACAAUUCAGAAAUUUGUCGAAAAGGGAGAACUACCACACUUACUGUUACAUGGGCCCCCCGGAACGGGAAAGACAUCUACUAUUUUAGCUGUGUGUAAAGAAUUAUAUGGAGAGUCAAGAAGUUCAUUUGUAUUAGAAUUAAAUGCAUCUGACGAUAGAGGUAUAAGUGUUGUUCGAGAUCAAAUAAAAACAUUUGCGGAAUCAAAAAAUCAUUAUAAUACUUGCGAAAAAACUUCGUUAAAAUUAAUAAUUUUGGAUGAAGCUGAUCAUAUGACUUUUCCAGCACAAAAUGCUAUGAGAAGAAUUAUGGAAAAUUAUGCUAAGAAUGUUCGUUUUUGCUUAUUAUGUAAUUAUGUAAAUAAAAUAACUCCAGCUAUUCAGUCGAGGUGCACAUCAUUUAGAUUUUCUCCUCUUAAAAAGGAAAAUAUGAUAAAUAAAGCUUUAGAUAUUGCAAAUUCAGAAAAGGUUGAUCUUACUAAAGAUGGAUUAGAGAGUCUUAUACGUGUAGGACGUGGAGACAUGAGGAGAAUUUUAAAUUGUUUACAAGUCGUAUCAUUGAGUCAUAAAAAUAUGACAAUUGAUGAAAAUGUGAUAUUAUCAACCUUAGAUAUACCAUUACCUGAAGAAGUCAAGAGCAUAUUAGAACAUUUUACUAAAAGUAGCAUAAAAGAGUCAUAUGAAUUUGUUACAAAAUUACAACACAAUAAAGGUUAUUCAAUAAAAGACAUUAUGAUAAAUAUAUAUGAAUCCAUUUUAACUUAUGACUUUCCUGAUUCUGCUGUUUGCAUAUUGCUUAAAAAUUUUGGAGAAAUUGAAGAAAGAUGUUCCUCAGGAGCUAAUGAACAAAUUACCUUAUCCGCAUUAAUUAGUGCAUUUAUUGAAUUUAGAACUGAAUUAUUCAAAUUGAAAUACGAUAUGAACAAAAUAUAA